UAGGUAAUCAUCGUUAAUUUUAUUUAACAAAUUUCGCGUAAAAAAUAUUCGUUGGUAACGAUGGAGUAAAAAUGAAUGUAUAUUUUUCUGCAAUUAGUCAUGUCAACAAACAAAAUGAAAAAAAAUGUAUUUUUCCUUACACAUAAAACGGUUUUACGUUUUUAUUCACCAAUAUACGUGAUUGAAAUCGUUAAUUAUGUAGUUUUUCUGUUUUGUUUUCGUCGAGUAAUCAGUCGAUGUUACACAAUUUUUAUAUUUUGAGCAAGUUAUCUGUAAAAAAACACUAUUCAUAAUGGCAAAUAACAUAAUACCUCAGGAAGAUAACACUAGUGAGAUACUAAGAGCCGACAUACUUAAAUAUGGCUAUAUUAACAAACGAAAUAAACUCAGAAAAAACAAAACAAAUGUUAAUCCAGUUAAACGUCAAAAAUGGGCCAUUAGGUUCUUGGAAGAAGAACGAAAUAACUUAGCGACUGAUUUGAAUGCUAUGGAAUCAGAAGUAAAGGUAAAGCAAGAAGAUAAGUACAGGGCAAAAUUUACAAGUUUGAUUCACGAGACUAAACAGGCAAAAAUCGAGCUGAACGAACAGAGAAAAAUCGAAGCACAAGUUAAUAAAGAGAUAGUCCAGUUGGAAGCUGAACUGGAAAAACUUACAAUCAAAAAUAAUAUGGAAAUUAAGGAAGUUCCGAAAUUAACCACUAAUACUGGAAAUCACGAGUACAACAAGUUACUUGAUGAACAAAACCAACUGAGAGUGCAAGUAGAAACGUUGCUUAAACGGUGGCAACAAAUACAAAAUAUCUACAAUUUGAACAUGAAUAAGUUGGACAAAGGAAAAGAAAUAGCAUCUGUUCUUACCGAACAAGUAGCGAGGACUUACACAUUCAGAAAUGAAGCUAAGGAAAAGUUGGAGACGUAUUUAAAAACAAGUAAAGCACAAAAUAGUGAUUAUAAAAACUAUAUAACGUCACUCAAACGACAGGUGAAUGAAGAUUUAAGAAUGACAACAUUUCUUUCGGAAAAACUAAAAUUAAGAUAUAAUAAAUUCACUGAAAAACCAAUCGAAGGGAAUACAGAGAUGUUAGCGUUAAACGCUGAAGCAGAAACAUUUAUUAAACAUUUAGUUUACAUUGCUGAUGAAAAAAACUUAGAAACAAUCAUGGAACAAAUUGUUAAAAUGGACCUUGAUAAUAAAUCCAUGUUUAGAUUUUUGAUGGAGAUAGAAUCAUACUUGACGGAAGCGGAAAACGCGAUGGAAAAGACUAGCGUGACCGUGACGGAGAGAAAGCGCGAGUUGUGCGAAGCUCAGGCGGCAAAAACGGAGGAGUUCGCGAACGCCGUGAGGACGUUCAAAGCAGGACGGGCGCCCUUGCGGGAGGCUCGCAGGACGUUGCGGCUGAUGGCCGACGAAUGGCGGCAGACUUGCCAGACGGUGGACGACGCGUGCGAACUGAUGAUGGGCUCGGACGGCGGUCGGCCGUCGUACCGUCUGCUGGUGCGCGACGGCGACGGCGACGACGACGACGGAGACGACCGCGAAGAAGAAGAAGACGACGACGAAGAAGACGACGACGACGACGACGACGACGACGAAAGCGGCGGCGGUCGUCUGCGCCUACGCCGUCACCACCGUCACCGACGACGAGGCCGCCACCGCCGCCGCCGCCGUCGUCGUCGCGAACGGCCGGUCGACGGUCCGCUCUCGCCGACGGCCAUACCGACCGAGCUGAUCGAAUAUUUCGAGCCGAUGGACAGGCGACUGGACGACGUACUGCAACGGGUGUUCUGGAUACAGAACAACUACGUGUACGAGGAGAACGGGCCGAGAGAGCAACGGGAGGUGGCCGCCGGCGACUCGAUGUCCACCACGUCCGAGCAGGAAGACGAGUUCCUGGCCCGCGACCUGGACGGCACGGUGAACAGACACGCGAAAAUCAUCGCCGCCCGCGAUCCGACCACCGUGACGCCCGACAACGAACCGCCGGACCGGGACGCCGGUCAAGUGCCUUCGCUGUGUCCGAGGUGUUUAGAAAAACGUUACGAAGAAGAAAACCAAUGGGUGUUGAAAUAUAUAGAUCAGACCCAAGGCGGUGGCGAUACACCGCCGAACACAUUACAUAUAUGCCAAAGUGACAAUGUCAGUGUCAAAAACGCUAAUGACGAAGAGUACAAAAAAUACUUUCACCGGACUUUGGAUUGUCCUCUUUAUGCAGUUGAUAAGUCCCACGGCGCCAAGUAACACGGCGAUGAACAUAAUAUUACGAUUAUUAUCACGUGAUGAUGCCCAUACGAUACGCCGCUGUUGUCGCGUUUAUUAAUGUUGUGUUUUUUCCCCAUUAGAAACUGUCGUUUUUUAGACACAUUUAUUUUUCAAACAUUAAUCCAAUUUUGACGGAUAAGAAAUGAUUAUGCUUGUAAAUAAAUUUAGUUUUUCCUCGCUAAUGACUGAAAUCGUUUGUUACGUAUUGAUGUUUUUACAUACUUGUCCAAGUACACUGUGUGUAUAUUGUGUAUAAAUUAAUAUUUUAUAUGAAUUGUAUUUAUAUUGUAUGGGUAGUGUAGGUACUUAAUUUCUGAUUUCAUAUAAAGUUGACUGAUCUCAAGUUCUACUAUAUUUACAAUAUUGGUUACAAUAAUUUGGUAUACAAUUUAAAAAUAAAAGAAAAAAACUUU